GAUUAAACCCAUGCAAUGGGAGCACUUGACAGGGCAGAUCAGACACUGUCCUGCUACUCAGUGGCACGGAAGCGAAAGAAGAUCUCAUACAAAAUCUUUCAGCGCUUAUUAGAUGAGGCGACCUACAAUUCAUUCGUCCUGUACCAGAAAAGACGCGGCACACCAUCUCAUCUGGAUAACCGGCUGAAACUCAUUGACGAGAUUAUCGCCAAGUACUGCCGUAACAGUGGUACGAAGAAGAAAGGGCUGCCAGGACGUACCCUGAACAUGAAACGGUGUGCUGAGCGCCACUUUCCGUCGCACAUUCCGCCAACAGAGAAGUAUCAAGAAACGACUCGCCGUUGCGUAUUCUGCUACACGAAUCGACACCGAAAUGGCGAUAAUAUCAGCAACGAAAUCGGGAUCUGGAGCAGGUGGUGCGAGACGGCUCUCUGCGCGGUACCGUGCUUUGAACGCUACCACAAGGAUGGUAGUCUGACCUAG